GGAAUCUUCGCCCGGUGGGAAUCCAUGCUCGCGCUCUUCGUCGAAGGUUCACCAGAAAACCUCACUUUUACCGGUAGGCCGAAUCAAAUAAUGGACACUCGCAAUUCGGCAAAGACAACACCAUAAAAGUUCCACCAUGAGGACGCCAGAGCCCACGUCAAAGCGCAUCCGUGUUUCUCCGAAAGCCUUGGACAAUGACGAGGCAGCUCCGGUGCAGGACUUGACCGGACGAUCUUGUUUUGGAUUGAAGCGGGAAGACGACGAGGAUUCAAAUACAUCUAUUGCGACAGCUACACAGUGUAUUGCUCCCAAGCUGGACAAGAUCCCUCACUUGUUCAUUGUGGAUCUCCAGAAAGGAAGCACCGAUGAUGUUGUUGCUGCUCUGAAACAGAUUAGUCACUUGGUCAAUGCAAAGGAUUCAGACAAUCCAAGUGACCCUGCUGUCAAAAACUGGAAGGAAAUGCAACAGCUUGGACCAAUGACUUUGGUGGUUCUUUGUAUGCAAAAGUGGCCCAAGGCCCAAUCCAUCCAGGUUUGGUCCUGCAUUGCUCUUGCCAACAUGCUCGAUGUCUCAUAUAGCUGCGGUGGGGGGAGAGCAGCAAUGGCCAAUUCGGGGGGGGUGGAAGCGGUUUUGAGCGCCUUGAAGACCUUUCUAGACUCUGCCCAGCUUCAGAGUGAGGCAUUGCGAGCUCUCCAGAACUUCUUCACGUGCAAACAAUCGGAUGGGGAGUCGAAAGUCGUGUUGGCCAACUUUGCCGGUCGUUUCAUUGAACUCGAGGGCAUUUCACUUGUCGUUCAAACAACAAAACGAUUCCAUGACAAUGUGGAUUUGCUGUUUGCCAGUUGUGGUCUUUUGUACAACCUGUCCCUCCUGGAGAAGCAUCACGAUGAAUUGGUGAAACAUGGAGCAGUAGAGGCUGUAGCUUCGAUUCAGAAAAGACAUUUUGGCAAUGAGGAGCUGAAGAAAGAAGCCGAAGAGUUCCUGGCCAAAAUGUUCACCAAGAAAACCUGAACAAGCUGUGUGUCGGUAGGUCCAUACCCUCACUGAUUGGCUGUUCUUUUUGUCUGACAGAAAGACGAGAAAUGCGCCUGAAGGAUACCUGUAGAUCCCUGCUUGAUUUGUUGCCAUUCGUUAUAGUGCCACUAAUAGUAUCCCCUAGUAUCCCCAAGCAGUGGCCGUGCCGCUUCUUUUCGUCAUGUUGGGUUGACAAGGGUUCCGUUUCGGCAUUAGAUAUUUGAAGGAAGGACUCGACUCCAUUGGACAUGCUAAUCCCACG